UGAGGUGUAUCUUGCUUAAUCCAGAUGAGGAAUUGGUAGUUCCAGAUGUUCAGCUCACAUUGAUGACAAACUAAUUUGUCGUGUUGUAAACUUGUAUACAUAUAUUCUGAAAUCAGUCCAAAUGCUAGUAAGAUCAAGUGUGUUAUUUCGUUGUUUGGCCAUUAUACUUUAGAUACGGAGAAAGAACAAAAUGGAAUACUUUAUUGGUUCUAACCUAGAUAGUUAAAGAAGGAGAAAUUCAUGUGAUAUCAGGCUACUUUAAAAUCCAAAAUAUACAUGAAAGCAAUAUUUGGAAUCACAUACAAGAUUUCGAAGUUUCUCAAAAUUUCACCAUUUUGUUCUUUCUCUUAAAGGUUGAUGGCUAGAACACGUGCUGUUGCGCGAAGAUGCACCGGAGGAGUUCAUGAGGGCAAGGUAAAACAAAAUGCUAGGUCCCCGAUUAAAUCCCCGCCGCAAAGUCCUGAAGCAGAAGCUCGUCAUGUGGAUCCAGAACCAAAAGAAGCUAAAAAUAACUUGAACAAUCUUGGUGCCAUUAAUGAAGUUCAAUGCGAAGCUGGAACAAGCACCCAAAAUGAAACAAACUUGAAGAAUGAUGAGAUAUCUUUGAAUUUGGAUGAAUCUGAUGACAGUAGUGAAGAGGAUAGUGAUGUUGAAGCAAUGGCCAAAGCUGCAGCUUCCAACAUUAACAUAUUGUAUAGCGAUGACAGUAGUAGCGAAGAUGAUGACCCAGUUGAUGAUGAAAGUGAUGACAAUAAUCAGGAAUCAUCACUAUUUGUCAUUGAUAAAGCACCAGGAGCUAGGAGUGGAUCAGAAUGUUAUAAGUCAUCUGUUGAAUCAGUUGUUGAGAAGCCACCAACUAAUGUUGAGCUAUCACACAUUAAAAAAGACAAGAUGAAAAUAAAGGGAACAAUUGACAAAAUCAAACUUGCUUCAGAAAUUGAAUGUAGCAUUGACACAACAAAUCUAUAUGUGGAUACAGACACAUACAUGAAACCAGUCAAACAGAAUAAAUCGCUUACAGAUAUCUUGCUAAAAUCUAAUAGAAACAAGGACAUUAUGGCAAAAAGUGUUGUGCAGGCCGAUUUUGAAAAACGAGAGGCAACUCCAGUGUAUACAGAGAGUCGUAACCAACAAGUCAAAGCACGUCGCGCUGAACGAGAGAAAACAAAAGGAUCUAAAUGGUUUAACAUGCCGGCACCAGAACUCACAGAGGAGGUAAAAAAUGAUUUGACUGUUUUGCAAAUGCGUAAAGUUUUGGAUCCAAAAAGGUUCUACAAAGGAAACGAUACCAGAUCACUCCCAAAAUAUUUCCAAAUGGGAACUGUCGUUGAAUCAUCAGCAGAUUUCUAUCACUCGAGAAUUGCUAAAAAAGAUCGUAAAGCAACGAUGGUUGAUGAAUUAUUGGCCGAUGCGGAAUUUAGAAAAUAUAACAAACGUAAAUAUGCAGAGUUGCAGGAGGCGACACAGAAGUCGAGGGGUGCCUUCAAACAUGCCAAGAGACUGAAAAAGAAGAAAAAGUGAACAUCAUAAAGUUUGACAUUUAAGAACAUCUAACAGGCAAACUGCAGAUAAAUGGAUACAUUUCACUGGAAUAUAUUGUGUUUUAAGACAAGAAUUAAUAUACUGUUCACAAAUUGAUUGUAUUUUAUGUUCAAGCUUACAUAUAGAAUAUACACAUAGACAUACCACUAAGGAGAUGCAGUGAGUUAUGUUUGAAUUUAAUAUUUAUUUUAUGUGGUCCUUGAUCUAAAAAGAUUCCCAAUAUAUUGGCAGAACUAUCCCCUUCCCUGACUGACUUGCCACACACUUGGUUCAAGACCACUUGCAGUGAAAUCUGUAAAGUGGAAUACCUCUGUUAGUG